AUGCUCGGUUCGAAGCUCUCGAAACUCCUUACACAGGGCCCGCUGGCAAAUAUUUGCAAGCGCACGAUCACAAUGGGCACGAAGCAAAACGCCCUACCCGCCGCCUACUAUCGCGGUGGAACGUCGCGGGCCGUGUUUUUCAAGCAAGAGGACCUCCCACAAGACCGCAAACGAUGGGAUUCAAUCUUCCGAGGUGUCAUCGGUAGUCCGGACCCUUACGGUCGUCAGCUCGAUGGGCUGGGAGGUGGUAUUUCAAGUCUUAGCAAGAUCUGCGUCGUGGGCAAGUCCACCCACCGCGAAGCUGACGUCGACUACACAUUCGUCUCACUCGGGAUCAAGAAUAACGAUGUCGACUACUCGAGCAAUUGCGGGAACAUGAUCAGCGCCAACGCGGAUUCGGCCUCGGUGCGUAUCCACAACACCAAUACCGGCAAAAUCAUCCAUUCUUCAUUCCCAGUUGUCGACGGGGAGGCUGCUGCAACUGGUGAUUUCUCAAUCGAUGGCGUCGCGGGAUCAGCUGCUCGCAUCCAGCUAGACUUUAUAAACCCGGCCGGCUCGGCGACGGGGUCUCUCCUACCAACUGGUAACCCGGUCGACACCAUUGACGGUAUCCCCGCGACCUGUCUCGACACAGCAAAUCCAUGUGUUUUUGUUCGCGCAUCUGACCUUGGCGUCGAGGGUAACCUGACUCCAGAUGAGAUCACCGCGCAUUUGGACCUGCUUUCACGCCUAGAUUCCAUUCGCCGCCAGGCCGGUGUCAAGAUGGGCCUUGCAGAGACACUUGCAGCUGUCCCUGGGAGCAUACCGAAGAUCUGUCUCGUUGCCGCGCCUUCAUCCUCUAAUGCACGAGAUGCUUCGCAGAACCAGACAUCUGCUAACAUUGAUCUUUUGGCUCGUGCUCUCUCCGUAGGCCAGCCGCAUAAAGCCGUUCCUAUCACCGUCGCUCUAGCAUUAGCUGCGGCUGCGCGAGUACCUAACAGUACAGUUGCAGAUGUUGUCGCAGGCAAGAAUCCUGUCGAUGGUGCGGGCAUCACGAUCGGUCACGCUAGUGGUAAUUUGUUGGUCGGCGCGAACUUUGAUGAUGACGGUGCAUUGCUUUUUGCAACUGUGUUUCGUACGGCACGUCGGUUAUUUGAAGGCCGCAUAUUUUGGAAGAACGAUUCUACUAUAUGA